ACUCUGGUGUUGUCCACAGGCUCGGCGUUCAUGAUGGUGAACUCCUCGGGUCGGUUUGCGGGUCAGAAGGCUUUACUCUUCACUCCGCAGCUGAAAGAGAACGACACACACUGCGUGAUAUUCCAGUUCUACGUUGCGGGUCGAGAAGGCGGCAGACCUGGACAUCUGAACAUCUACAUCAAGGAGAACAACAGCCCGAUGGGUCUACCGGUGUGGAACACGUCUGGACCCGCCACACACUCCUGGAGCCAGGUGGAGCUCGCCAUCAGCACUUACUGGCCCAACUACUACCAGAUCGUCUUUGAAGUGGUGACCUCCGGGCAGAGAGGCUUUCUCGCCAUCAAGGACGUCGUUCUCCAGGGCCAUCAGUGCAUGAACACGCCGCACUUCCUCCAUAUCAAAGGGGUUGAAGUGAACGCUGGACAAACAGCAACCUUUCACUGCACCGUCAACGGAGAGUGGAGAGACAACUUUAACCUCUGGCUGCAGGGUAUCGGUGGACGUGAAGCUCCAAUGAAAGCGACCAAGCCGUGGAAUAACCAGCGUUUCAUCGGCAUGUUCGAUGUGAUGAACACGACGAAAACGGAUUCCGGCCGCUACCGAUGCAUCGUCCACUCGAACACCGGCGUGGGAGUGUCCAACUACGGGGAGCUCACCAUCAAACAGCCGCCGGUCCCCAUCGCUCCUCCUCAGCUGAUGGCGGUCGGGGCCACGUAUCUGUGGAUCCAGCUCAACGCGAACUCCAUCAACGGAGACGGGCCGAUCGUGAGCCGCGAGGUGGAGUACCGCACCGUCUCCGGCUCCAUGUACGACCUGCAGCCCGUCGACAAAACCUCACACAAGAUCGGCCACCUGGACCCCGACACGGAGUACGAGAUCAGCGUGUUGCUGACGCGGCCCCUGGACGGAGGGACCGGAGCCCCGGGGCCCCCGCUGAGAGCACGCACCAAAUGUGCAGAGCCGAUGCACGGGCCCCGUCAGCUGAAGGUGGUGGACAUCAAGUCUCGGCAGGUGACGGUUCGCUGGGAGCCGUUCGGCUACAACGUGACGCGCUGCCACAACUACAGUCUGACGGUGCAGUACCGGGCCCGCACCCGAGCCGGAGCCGGGGCGAAGGAGGAGAGCAGGGAGGUGUCGUCCAGCUCCACACCUCAACACACCAUACACAACCUCACGCCCUUCACCAACCUCAGCGUCAGGAUGGUCCUGCGCAACCGAGAGGGGGUCAAGGAGAGUCCCGAGAUACACGUGCAGACCGACGAGGACGUGCCGGGUGAAGUUCCUCUGGAAUCGAUCCAGGCCAGUGUGUACGAGGAGAAGAUCCUGCUGAAGUGGAGAGAACCGGCUCAGACCUUCGGCAUCAUCACUCAGUAUGAGAUCUCCUAUAAAGCCGUCAGCUCCUUCGACCCAGUGCUGGAUCUGUCUAACCAGAGCGGGAAGGUGGUGAAGAUGGGGAACGACACCAGCCACGUGUUCCUGGGUCUCUAUCCCGGUUCCACGUACUCCUUCAGCCUCCGCGCGAGCACCGCUAAAGGCUUCGGGCCGCCCGCCGUCACACAGGCCACAACCAAGAUCUCAGCUCCGUCGAUGCCGGCGUACGAUCAGGAGUCGCCUCUGAAUCAGACGGACAGCAGCGUCACGGUUGUGCUGAAACCGGCCCAGAGUCGCGGCGCUCCUGUCAGUGUGUAUCAGGUGGUUGUUGAGGAGGAACGUCCACGGAGAGCUCGAGGUGGUGAGGCUGAGAUCCUCCGCUGUUAUCCGGUGCCGGUCCACUACCAGAACGCCAGCGGUCUGAACUCUCGCUAUUACUACGGCGCAGAGUUCCCGUCCGCCAGCGUCCCGUCGCCUCAGCCCUUCACCGUCGGGGAUAACCGGACCUACGGCGGGUACUGGAACGCCCCGCUGCUGCCACACAAGAGCUACAGCGUCUACUAUCAGGCCGUCAGCACCGCCAAUGGGGAGACGAAGAUCGACUGUGUUCGUGUCGCUACCAAAGCUGCUAUCUUGGUGACUCAACUCACGACUCCUUACGUUCGCAUCGCUCCGGCCGCUGGAGACAAACAGCUAACAGGGUUAGCGACGCACAAACCAAACGCGGUGGAGCCGGAGAAACAGACCGACCACACGGUGAAGAUCGCAGGGGUCAUCGCGGGGAUACUGCUCUUCGUCAUCAUCUUCCUCGGCGUCGUGCUGCUCAUGAAGAAACGGAGAACCUAUCAGUCCUACACUUACUACCUGAAGCUGGCGAAGAAGCGCAAGGAGACGCUGAGCACGAGGCAGGAGAUGACGGUGAUGGUGAACUCCAUGGACAAGAGCUACACUGAGCAGGGGACCAACUGUGACGAGGCGCUGUCCUUCAUGGACACACACAACCUCAACGGACGCUCGGGUUCUUCUCCAUGUUCUCUGACGGUGAAGACCAACACACUUAGCAGCAGCAGCAUCCCCAACACUUAUUACCCAGACCCGUUCGUUCCCACCGCCAUCUUAGUCCCCAUUACUGAUGACGAGACUCAAACCCUGACCAGCGACACCAGCAGCCUGGUGCAGUCGCACACACACACACACUCGUCGCACACACACUCUCUGCGCAAGCGUGAGGCCGUGGACGUGCCGUAUCAAACGGCUCAGCUUCAUCCCGCCAUCCGUGUGGCCGAUCUCCUGCAACACAUCACACAGAUGAAGUGUGCCGAGGGCUACGGCUUCAAGGAGGAGUACGAGAUCAAUGAGAGCUUCUUCGAGGGUCAGUCUGCGCCCUGGGAUUCGGCCAAGAAGGACGAGAACCGCAUGAAGAACCGUUACGGAAACAUCAUUGCAUAUGAUCACUCGCGUGUGCGGCUGCAGAAUGUGGACGGGGAGCAGAACUCUGAUUACAUUAAUGCAAAUUACGUUGAUGGUUAUCACAGGCCGAACCACUACAUCGCUACACAAGGGCCGAUGCAGGAGACCGCCAUUGACUUCUGGAGGAUGGUGUGGCAGGAGAACACGGCAACCAUCGUCAUGGUGACCAACCUGGUGGAAGUCGGCAGGGUGAAAUGCUGUAAAUACUGGCCUGACGACACCGAGAUCUACAGAGACAUCAAGGUCACGCUCAUCGAAACACAACUUCUGUCCGAGUACGUCAUCAGAACCUUUGCAGUGGAGAAGCGAGGAGCUCACGAGAUCCGAGAAAUCAGUCAGUUCCACUUCACGGGCUGGCCGGAUCACGGCGUGCCGUAUCACUCCACGGGUCUCCUGGGAUUCAUCCGCCGCGUCAAAGCCAAGUCUCCGCUCAACGCCGGGCCCAUCGUGGUCCACUGCAGCGCGGGGGCGGGGCGAACCGGCUGCUUCAUCGUGAUUGACAUCAUGCUGGACAUGGCGGAGCGCGAGGGCGUGGUCGACAUCUACAACUGCGUGCGGGAGCUGAGGUCACGCAGGGUCAACAUGGUGCAGACCGAGGAACAGUACGUCUUUAUCCAUGAUGCCAUUUUGGAGGCGUGUCUUUGUGGCGACACCACAAUCCCAGCCAAUCAGCUUCGCUCCGUCUACUACGACAUGAACCGAUUGGACCCUCAGACCAACUCCAGUCCAAUCAAAGAGGAGUUCCGGACUCUGAACAUGGUGACGCCGACGCUGCGCGUGGAGGACUGUAGCAUCGCUCUGCUGCCGCGUAACCACGAGAAGAACCGCUGCAUGGACGUCCUUCCUCCCGACCGAUGCCUGCCCUUCCUCAUCACCAUCGACGGCGAGAGCAGCAACUACAUCAACGCCGCGCUCAUGGACAGCUACAAGCAGCCGUCGGCGUUCAUCGUUACCCAGCAUCCUUUGCCGAACACCGUGAAGGAUUUCUGGCGGCUGGUUCUGGACUAUCACUGCACGUCUAUCGUCAUGCUGAACGACGUGGACCCCGCUCAGUUGUGUCCACAGUACUGGCCUGAGAACGGUGUGCACCGGCACGGGCCGCUGCAGGUCGAGUUCGUCUCCGCCGAUCUGGAGGAGGACAUUAUCAGCCGGAUCUUCCGCAUAUACAACGCUGCACGGCCUCAGGACGGGUACCGGAUGGUCCAGCAGUUCCAGUUUCUGGGCUGGCCGAUGUACCGGGACACUCCCGUGUCCAAGCGCUCCUUCCUGAAGCUCAUCCAUCAGGUGGACAAGUGGCAGGAGGAGUACGACGGCGGAGAGGGCCGCACGGUCGUCCACUGUCUGAACGGUGGCGGGCGCAGUGGGACGUUCUGUGCCAUCAGUAUCGUGAGCGAGAUGCUUCGACACCAGCGAUCCGUCGACGUGUUUCACGCCGUCAAAACACUGCGCAACAACAAGCCCAACAUGGUGGACCUUCUGGAUCAGUACAAGUUCUGCUAUGAAGUGGCGCUGGAGUAUCUGAACUCAGGCUAACUGCAGUGUGUGUGUGUGUGUGUGUGUGUGUGUGUACAGUCGGCUUGUAUAUCUUUAAAAUGAAGACUUCAUGAAGAGAAGAUUCAACUCCUGCGUCUGUUUCCUGUCCUGCUCCGACACACUUAUUUCUGCCUGGUUUUCCAGCAAUAAUGUCUAAACAUUUAAAAUCAAGAAACAUUUACUGGAGAAGAAGCAAAAUGACUGAAGAUAUUUAAAGUUAUCAUGAUUUCACUCGUCUUCUCUCCUCUAAGCGCUUCAGGAACUAGAACAUAUGUGGGCGGGGCUUGAUUGUGUCUGUGAGGAAUUGAUUGGACGGUUGUGGUUUGCUAUUGGCUGAUCUCAUGUGAGUGACAGGUUAAAGCCCCGCCCACAUCCUCAAAGAAGCGAGAGAUACUGCAAUAUUCCAAGAACGUCACAAUUUCAUCAUGAAGCGAGUUUGCGAUUUAAACAAGAUCAAAUAUCUGCCAAAAAUCAAAGUAAAAACAAGUAAAAAGUUCUCGUUUUAAGCACAAACUCACUUUUUUGACACGUUUUUGAAUGUUUAGAUAUUUGUGCUGGAAAAAAAGACGUUUUUAAAAAAAAUGUGUUUUAUGCUCUUAUCCACCCGAAUGAAGUGUCGUUUAUUUACACACACACUGCUGAACUGACAAACGAAUGAGAACCUCAUGAAUAUGUCACAGUCUCUAAUGAGCCUUAUUUGCAUAUUAAUGAGACGUGUGUGCUGGACGGACUGAUCGCGCGCGAGUGUUUGAUGAUGAGUGUAAACAUGUAAAACAUCGUAACAUACAAAGAAGUGACAUCAUCGACGCGAUCGCUCCUUCUUUACUUGCUUUCCUUUCCGUUUUAUUGUUUGCACGUGUUUUUAAUAUUUUGUUUAUACUGUAAAUAUAUGAGGUGUGCUGUGAUAUUUAUUCCAGACAAUCAUCUUGUACUGGUUCAUAUUGUACAUGAUCAAAUAUAUUGUAUGGAUCAACAAAUGUCUGCCUGUUCAUCACUUACAAUCUUUCAUUUCUGAUGUUUUAUCCAUUUUUCAGUCCAUUAAUAAAAAUACAGCUGUUCAUGUCA